AUGGCUGAGCAAGAGAGCUUAGAGUUUGGCAAAGCCGACUUUGUCCUCCUGGACCGUGUGACCCUGGAGGACUUCAUGGACAACCUGAAGCUCAGCAGUGUCACCUUUUUCGGUUCCCACGGUUUGAGAAGGGGCGCAUCUAACCUACAUCGGGGAAUGGUGGUCUCUAUGAAACCUUACAAGCAAACGGAGCUUUAUGGGAAGGACAUGAUUGAGCUUAUCGGGGCCGGGAGCUCUCGAAAGGCCGCCUCAUCUCUACGCCGUGGCGAUGCCGCCUACAAGGCCAUGAAGCGGAGGGCCAAAGAUACCUGCAUUGUUCAUCAGUCUCGCAUCCUCAAACAGCAACCGGGCGAGAGAAAUUUCCAUGCCUUCUAUCAGCUGCUUCUUGGAGCCUCGGAUGCUUUGCUGGACUCCCUCCAUUUGGGCAGGGAUCCUGCAGCCUAUCAGUUUACCAGAGAAGGAGCAAGCAAUAAUUCCUUGGGCAGCGAUAAAGCCAACUUCCAGGCGGUAGCAGAUGCCAUGAAGGUGAUCGGUUUUACUUCGGAAGAAAUGAACUCCGUGUACAAAAUCCUGGCAGCCAUCUUACAUUUGGGCAACGUGCGCUUUGCUGCUACAGGGGACAACAUGGAGAUAGAGAACGCGGAGUUGGUUUCCUGUCUUGCGGAGUUGACCUCGACAGAAGUGGAGAGCCUCCUGGACAGCCUCUUGUACCGGACGGUGGCUACCGGGGGAGGCGACGUCAUCCAAAAAGGCCACAGCAUCAAUGAGGCCAGCUAUGCCAGGGAUGCCUGUGCCAAGGCCAUCUAUGAGCGCCUUUUCUGUUGGAUUGUGGCCCGGAUCAAUACCGUCAUUGAGGUGAAGAACUAUGAUCCUCGCAUCCACGGCAAGAAUACUGUGAUCGGGGUCUUGGAUAUCUAUGGCUUUGAGAUUUUUGACAAUAACAGCUUUGAGCAGUUCUGCAUCAACUACUGCAACGAGAAGCUUCAGCAACUGUUCAUCGAGUUGAUCCUGCAGCAGGAACAAGAGGAGUACCAAAGAGAGGGCAUCGAGUGGCAGCAUAUUGAAUAUUUCAACAACCAAAUCAUUGUGGACUUGGUGGAAGAAGCACACAAAGGCGUGAUCGCCAUCCUGGACGAGGCCUGUUUGACUGUGGGGAAUGUCACGGAUGCCCUAUUUCUGGAGUCUAUGAACGGCAGGCUGGGCAAGCACCCCCACUAUGCCAGCCGGAAGGUCAACCCCACUGACAAGUCCCUGGAGUUUGGUCGUGACUUCCAGAUCAAGCAUUACGCAGGAGACGUCACGUAUUCUGUGGAAGGGUUUUUGGACAAGAACAAGGAUACCCUCUUCCAGGACUUCAAGAGACUGAUGUAUAACAGCACAGACCCCGUCCUCCAGGAGAUGUGGCCUGAGGGCAAGCAGAGCAUCAACAAAGUGACCAAGCGGCCACUGACCGCUGCCAGCCUCUUCAAGAACUCCAUUGUCGCUCUGGUGGAAAACCUGGCCUGCAAGGAGCCCUACUACGUCCGUUGCAUCAAACCAAAUGACCAGAAGUCCCCCUUGUUCUUUGAUGUGGAACGCUGCCGCCAUCAAGUCUCCUACCUGGGUCUGCUGGAGAAUGUCCGCGUCCGGAGAGCCGGCUUUGCCUACAGGCAACCUUAUGACCGCUUUCUGCUCCGGUAUAAGAUGACCUGUGAGUACACCUGGCCCCACCACCUCAUGGCCACCGACCGCGAGGCCACGCAGGUCUUGAUAGAGCAGCACGGCUUCCAGGACGAUGUUGCCUAUGGACACACCAAAAUCUUCAUCCGCACGCCCAGGACGCUUUUCUCUCUGGAGCAGGCGCGGGCGCAGUUGAUCCCCAUAAUUGUGUUGCUGCUGCAGAAGGCCUGGAGGGGUGCCCUGGCCCGUAAGCGCUGCCGGUACCUGCGGGCCAUCUACACCAUCAUGGUUUACUACAAGCGCCACAAGGUGAAGGCUUACCUCCAAGAGCUUGUCCAGCGCUUCCAGGACGUGCGCAGCAUGGCUGACUAUGGCAAGAGCGUGGCUUGGCCGGAGCCCCCUGCUGUGCUGGCACAUUUCCAAGAAAACAGCAAGCUCAUUUUCCGCAGGUGGAGAGCCAGGCAGAUUGUGAAGAACAUCCCUCCAUCCGAUAUGGACCAGAUCAAGGCCAAAGUGGCUGCUCUCGAGGUCUUGCAAGGCUUACGGAAAGACUGGGGCUGCUGCCGGAACUGGUGCCGAAACUAUUUAGUGUUGGUGAGCAUUUUCACUGAGGAUAUCAGGGCACCUCCAGAUUGGUUUACAGGAAUGACAAAGAGGCCGCUGCAGGUGCAAGUGUCGGACUGCAUCCAGGCCAGCCUGAAUGGACGCAAGAGGCUGGUGUCGGUGGAGACCCGCGAAGGACAGGCCACACCAGACUUCGCCAAGAGCCGGGACGGUUUUGUCCUCUACUGCCCAAGAAGAUGA